CCGGCCGUCCUUCUUCCCCGCUCGUCCUCACAAUCACGGGUCUUUGACAUGGGUGUCGUCUCCAGUUGCUGCGAGUCUUGCUUCCACUCCCGGAGGUCAACAUACGAACCGUUGUUGUUGGAGAACGAGCGGGAGGCUGUGGCAGACCUCCUCCAGUACUUGGAGAACCGCACAACAACCGACUUCUUCCGGGAUUCGCCUCUUGCAGCGUUGACCACACUCUCAUUCUCCGACAAUGUCGAUCUUCAACGAAGUGCUGCGCUCGCAUUUGCCGAAAUCACCGAGAAGGAGGUUCGCCCAGUCGGCCGGGACACGCUCGACCCUAUCCUCUUCCUCCUCAGCAGCCAUGACACCGAAGUGCAGCGGGCUGCAAGUGCGGCUCUUGGAAACCUUGCUGUAAAUACCGACAACAAGCUUCUCAUCGUGAAACUCGGUGGUCUCGAGCCCCUCAUUAGGCAGAUGCUUAGCCCCAAUGUGGAGGUGCAAUGCAACGCCGUCGGUUGUGUCACCAAUCUUGCCACGCAUGAUGACAACAAGACCAAAAUCGCGAAGUCCGGUGCUCUCGUUCCCCUCACCAGGUUGGCACGUUCCAAGGACAUGCGCGUACAACGCAACGCGACUGGCGCACUUCUCAACAUGACCCAUUCCGAUGAGAACCGGCAACAGCUCGUCAAUGCGGGUGCUAUUCCUGUCCUUGUCAGCUUGCUCAACUCCCCUGACACGGACGUGCAAUAUUAUUGCACUACUGCGCUCAGCAAUAUUGCCGUAGAUGCUCACAACCGGAAGAAGCUCGCACAGACCGAGCCGAAGCUGGUCUCGAGCCUCGUGCAGCUCAUGGACAGUCCUAGCUUGAAGGUGCAGUGUCAGGCUGCCCUUGCCUUGCGCAACCUCGCCAGCGACGAGAAGUACCAGCUUGAGAUCGUCAAAGCUGAUGGUCUCACUUCUCUGCUUCGCCUGCUUCAGUCUACGUAUCUGCCACUCAUCCUCUCUGCUGCUGCCUGUGUCCGGAACGUGUCGAUUCACCCGCAGAACGAAUCGCCGAUCAUCGAAUCGGGCUUCUUGCAGCCGCUCAUUAACCUCCUCUCGUUCAAAGACAACGAGGAGGUGCAGUGCCAUGCCAUUUCGACGCUGCGGAACCUCGCUGCGAGCUCAGAGAAGAACAAACAGGCCAUCGUCAAGGCGGGUGCUGUCCAGAGUAUCAAGGAGCUCGUGCUGGAGGUUCCGAUGAACGUACAGAGCGAGAUGACGGCAUGCAUCGCGGUUUUGGCUUUGAGCGAUGAGCUGAAGGGGCAGUUGCUUGAGAUGGGCAUCUGCGAGGUCUUGAUUCCUCUCACGAACUCCGCUAGCUCCGAAGUCCAGGGUAACAGUGCCGCGGCUCUCGGUAACCUGUCUUCGAAGGACGGACGUACGACCUCAGAUGAUUACUCCGCCUUCAACGAUGUCUGGGACAAACCCGACGGCGGCAUGCAUAGAUACCUGUACCGUUUCCUUACUAGCGCCGAUGCCACCUUCCAGCAUAUCGCUGUGUGGACAAUUGUACAGCUUCUUGAAUCCGGAGACCCGCAACUCAUCAGUAACAUCCGCAGUUCUUCCUUGCUCAUCCCUAACAUCCGUUCCCUCGCUGAGACCCGCACCUCAACCCCGACAUCAUCGAUUGGCGGCACCCCUCACUCCCAUCACUCACAGGCCCAUUCAUAUCAGGAUACCGAGACAGGUAACGGCCAUGGCGAGAUCCAGAUGCUUGCCCGUCGGAUCCUCGACUUCACCGACAGCGAGGGCGUCAUAACACCGAGCGCGCUCGCGUCGCAGAUCCAGGCGGGCUCGUUCUCGCAGCGAGACGAGAGCGUCAGCGGGCGUGAUCACGAGGAGCUUCGCAAGAGCGUACGGGACGCGUUUGCAAGCGGUUCGUCCGGCCACUGAUAGAGACGAGUCUGUGGGCGACUUGAGAUAGCGCCCGCCUGGCUGCACUGGGGCUACGACUGUAGGGUCUAGAGCGCACCUGGUAGCGGGCCACGGACGGUCUAGGACUUUCGACAAUCUUCUCCGCCGUGCUUGGGACUGUGGUAGGCCAAGCGCACGGGGUGCUACCCUUGUUUUAUCGUGUGGUUUCUCGGUGUACAUGUUUUGCCAGGCUUCGCUCUCGUCUGUACCGCAUUUUUAUUACCUCUGGUUCCUCACCUCUCUUGCCCGACCGCAACGCCCCGCUUCUUGCUUUGCCUGUCUACUUCGUGUUGUGUUCACACUCGCCGCGUUCGCGCCUUCCCCUCCGCUCUUCUCUUCGUGCAUAUUUGUAGGACGAGGUAUAAUCGACGCGAUGUACAUAUAUAUGCCGCCCUCCAUCCGCUGCUUGUCGCCAUUCUCCCACAUAUGUCGAGUAGUAGUAGUAACGUCUAUGGCUAGUAGAUGUCCCUGCAAUGCAAUCCGCAUCACCCCAUCAAAGCCAAAGCAACUUCGAUGGAGAGACACCGCCAACGCGAGAUUACAGUAGUAUGUAAUGCUUGGGAGAUGAGCCGGCCGCGGGCGUACCGAGGAUACACGCGUCGCGGCGCGUAGCAGCUGCGGCAUGCACGAUCAGGCGUGGAACGAGAAAAGAGGGGACGGAGGCCGCGCAAAUCAGCAGUGCUCGCGUCAAGUCCCCAUCUCGAGCUUGCCGGCAGUGUGAACGAUGCGAUGCGAGGAGGAGCGUGCACGACCGCGCGACGAGCGGAGACAUCUACUUCCGAGCCCUGUACUUAUCUCAACGACUGGGCUGCGGGUGUGCUGCGGGCUGCGAGUCCUGCUGCGGCGCACACUGCGCGCUCCGCUGGCUAUUUCCGACGCCGAGGUGGGCGACGCCACCACGGUCAUCGAGUCGCUAGACGCGUAGGGUCGACUGUCGCCACAGCAUUAAUUGGCAUAUCCUCGUUCCCAGGAUUCGCUGUCACCAGCUGCAGACGUACAGUAAGCAGCGCCUUGCGCGUGGGGCAUCGACACGCGUUGACGGAGGACUGCUCCAUCGAGUAUGAUCGGGCCACCGGCGACUUCAGCACUGGACUCUCAUAUACCUUCGGUGAGAGGCUCGCAAUGACGACGCUGCCUUCCAUGAUCCGUGCCUUGCUUCCGUGUGCUGAAGGAGGACUCGUUCGGUGGUCGGCCGUCCCAUCCGUUCAUAGACGGUUCAUAGAUGCGUUCAUUUGGUCGGCGGCCUGGCCAGAAGGUGGGCGUGCUAUUGUUGGACGGCGGGCAUUGGGUGGAGAUCGCCCAGGGGGAAACAGGGUGGGGUUCUUGGAACCGAGAGCAGCGUGCUUGGGCACGCUAAGAUGCCGCCCCGACAAAUCGAAGCAUCCGGAUGUGCGUCUGCAGAAAGGGCUAUCCAGCUAUCUAGCAACGCCUGAGACAGGCCGAGGACACGUUUGGCGGCGAUGCGAGCAGAGACGGGUGUGCGGAUGCGUCGGAGACGGGUGCAGGCAAGCAGGAACGCGGGCGGAGGGCUGUCGUAGGCGGUAUUCGAGGUGCGGACCGGAGCGCUGCAGGCAUCCCUGGAUAGAGCGUGUAUUAUCGGCGCGCAGCUAUGUCUUCUCCACCGACGCAAAGGUUCUCCAUCGCUCCCCCGCCCACUACUACUCCUCUGUACAUAUACCCCCUUCAUCGGUCUCUUCCCCUUUUCCAGCUCCUUCACGAAUUUUCUCUAUCACGACCACGACCCCAUCGGCCCACGCGACCCCGGCUGCGCCUCGGUUGAAUAAGACUCCUGCAGGCUGCAGACCCUAGACUCUUCUCUUCCUCCCCCCUCCA